GGAGCCAUUUUGUGAGGUUCCUGGGAGGGAGACGACCACGCCCUGCUAUAGGACUCCAGGAAGGUGAGCCUGUACAGUGUGUUGUAUCACCAAACAACAGAGAGAGCUACGAGAGGGAAUUGUCUAAUAUCUUCCAACAAUCCAGGCAUUAGUCUAAAGGAGUUGAAGGCCUUGACUCAAGUCAUCAGAGGAAGGAUCUGGUGCAUCAGUACAAAGCUUGUGAAUCUUCAUUCCUGUGACCUGCACGGUAUCCUGCCUGCUCUUUCCAAGGAAACUCAAGAUGGAACCUACUGAGAACAGCCAAAGCUUCAACCUCUGGGACAUCCCUCAGGAGCAAAUCGAAGAAAGGGGCCCCGGGGAUGACCAGGGCCCCAUAGCUGAGGCAGGGGAGGUAGAAACCAUUGCUGCCAUCUCAGGGGAUGAGUCCGCUGGAGAAGCACCUAGUUCUCCCCAGGGUGCUCAGAGUGUUUCCACUCCUCCCACUGAUAUGGGUUCCGUUGCACAGGCACCUUCUGACAAUCCUCUAGAAGAGAUGCCUGAUACCGAGUUCCCCUCCCAGGGAGAACUAAACGAAAAGAUAAUUGAUUUGGUGAGAUUCCUGCUCGUUAAGUUUCGCAGGAUGGAGUUAACCAAUAAGGAAGAAAUGAUGCAGAGGGCCUUGAGAGAUUAUGAGGAGCACUACUCUGUAAUCUUUAGUAAGGCCGCUGAGUGCAUGAAGCUGAUUUUUGGUGUUGACAUGUUGGAAGUGGAUCCUUUUGUCCACUCCUAUUUUCUUUACCCUGCUCUGGGGAUCACCUAUGAUGGAAUGCUGCAUGGAGUUAUAGGCGUACCCAAGACAGGUCUGGUUAUAAUUGUUCUCUGCGUCAUCUUUAUAGAGAACAAUUGUGUCAGUGAGGAGGUAUUCUGGUACGCAAUGAAUAACCUAGGGAUGUAUGCUGGAGUUGAUCAUUUCAUCUUUGGGGACCUCAGGAGUCUCAUCACUGAAGAUUUUGUAGAGGAAGGGUACGUGGAAUACAGGCAGGUGCCCAACAGCCAGCCUCCUCGCUUUGAGUUCCUGUGGGGCCCAAGGGCGUAUGCUGAAACCACCAAGAUGAAAAUCCUCGAGUUUUAUGCCAGCAUCGUCAGGCAGGAUCCCAGAUCUUAUCCUGAGAAGUACGCAGAGGCUUUGAGGGAAGAGCAAGAGAGGGCCUAGGCCAGAAAAGCCCAGCAGAUCAUAGAUAUUACUGCUCUGACCAGCACAACCUAUAAUGCAUUACCAGUUUAUGGUCAGACAGAACAGUAAAAUAAGCGGUAGACCCCCAAAUUAGAGCUAUUUGAAAGAGACUGUAACCCAGUACUUUCUUAUUGUUCUGUUUGGGUGACAUAAGCUCAUUAUUUUAGAACAUUGUUAACUUUUACUAUAUGGCUAAUUAACUUGCGAAUUUUAAGAUUAAAAAUGACAUCAAUAAUGCCUGUGUUGAUUUAGGUCAGGAGAACUUUGUUAUCUUAAAAACAAACAAGAAUGUUUUCAAAUUUGUAAUAUGUCACACGAUAUGACACCAUUAAACUUGGAAUUUCCUCAACAACAGAAAACAUACUGGCAUUAACAUAAAGAACAGAAUAAAAUUAAAUGUUUGUUGUGCAGCU